AUGCAAGAUUCAAAGCAUAAGCCACACACCGCCAUUGCACUGCAAAGCCAAGCUCAAGAGGCAACAGAGCAGCUGCUAAGAAGAAGCAUAGCUAGCUCUAGUUAAGAGAGAGGGAUAUGGAGGUGGAGUCCCGGGCUCGGGGGGAAGAGGCGGCAGCGAGCAAGUUCACGCUGCCGGUGGACUCGGAGCACAAGGCCAAGUCAUUCAGGCUCUUCUCCUUCGCCAACCCCCAUAUGCGCACCUUCCACCUCUCGUGGAUCUCCUUCUUCACGUGCUUCGUCUCUACCUUCGCCGCCGCGCCGUUGGUGCCCAUCAUCCGCGACAACCUCAACCUUGCCAAGGCCGACAUCGGAAACGCAGGGGUGGCGUCUGUGUCCGGGUCUAUCUUCUCCAGGCUUGUCAUGGGCGCGGUGUGCGACCUCCUUGGCCCGCGCUACGGCUGUGCCUUCCUUGUCAUGCUUGCUGCACCCACCGUUUUCUGCAUGUCACUCGUUGACGAUGCUGCCGGGUACAUCACUAUUCGUUUCCUCAUUGGUUUCUCCCUCGCGACAUUCGUGUCGUGCCAGUACUGGAUGAGCACCAUGUUCAACAGCAAGAUCAUCGGCACAGUCAAUGGGCUGGCCGCUGGGUGGGGAAACAUGGGCGGUGGUGCCACGCAACUCAUCAUGCCGCUCGUCUUUCAUGCCAUCGAGAAGUGUGGCGCGACACCCUUCGUCGCAUGGCGCAUCGCCUACUUCAUCCCGGGAUUGAUGCACAUCGUUAUGGGUUUGCUUGUGCUCACCCUCGGGCAGGACCUCCCAGACGGCAACCUCAAGAGCCUUCAGAAAAAGGGUGAUGUGAACAAGGACAAGUUCUCCAAGGUCUUAUGGGGCGCCGUCACCAACUACCGCACAUGGGUCUUCGUCCUCCUAUACGGCUACUGCAUGGGUGUCGAGCUCACCACCGACAAUGUCAUCGCCGAGUACUACUUCGACCACUUCCAUCUAAGCCUCCGCACCGCUGGCACCAUUGCCGCCUGCUUUGGCAUGGCCAACAUCGUCGCGCGCCCCAUGGGUGGCUACCUCUCCGACCAUGGUGCACGCUAUUUUGGCAUGCGUGCCCGCCUCUGGAAUGUCUGGAUCCUUCAAACUGCCGGUGGUGCCUUCUGCCUCUGGCUUGGGCGGGCCUCAGCCCUCCCCGCCUCUGUCACCGCGAUGGUCCUCUUCUCCAUUUGUGCCCAGGCUGCAUGUGGCGCCAUCUUCGGUGUCGCCCCCUUCGUCUCUCGAAGGUCCCUCGGCAUCAUCUCUGGCAUGACUGGUGCUGGCGGUAACGUGGGUGCAGGGCUCACCCAACUUCUUUUCUUCACUUCGUCGCAGUAUACCACUGGUAAAGGGCUCGAGUACAUGGGCCUCAUGAUCAUGUGUUGCACACUGCCCAUCAUGCUCGUGCACUUCCCACAGUGGGGCUCGAUGUUCUUCCCCGCCAACGCUGACGCCACUGAAGAAGAGUAUUACGGGUCCGAGUGGACAGAAGAGGAGAAGAAGACUGGGCUCCACCUCGCUGGCCAAAAGUUCGCAGAGAACUCCCGCUCAGAGCGUGGCAGGCGCAACAUCAUCCUCGCUGAAGCCACGCCGCCCAACAACACUCCCCAAUAUGUAUAGGACCUGUUUUCGUAUCUACAUAGGUACGUACAGUCAAGUGUCUCUAGUACAUAUGAGCUACUAAGUUUGCGUUUCUCAACCCGAGUGAUAAUGAAACGUGUGGAUGUAUACGCUAGGGUAUGUGACAAUUUGGAUACGAAAUUACACGAGCGCGUUUGAAUUUU